AUGGGGACACCCCAGAGACAGCUUCGUCUGUGGCUACUGCUCCUGCCACUGAGCUGGCUUAGGCCCAGCUGGAGCCUGGAGUUGAUCCCCUACACGCCACAGAUAACAGCCUGGGACUUGGAAGGGAAAGUUACAGCCACCACGUUCUCCCUGGAGCAGCCACGCUGCAUCCUUGAUGGACUUGCCAACGCUACCGACACCCUCUGGCUGGUGGUGGCCUUCAGCAAUGUGUCCAGGGACUUCCAGAACCCAAAGAUGCUGGCCGAGGUCCCCACCUUCCCCCGGCUGCUGACUGAUGGCCACUAUAUGACGCUGCCCCUGUCUCCGGUCCAGCUGCCUUGCCUGGACCCAGUGAGUGGCAGCAGCAGCAUCCCCUUGCUGCGGGUGGGCAAUGACAGUGGCUGCCUGGCUGACCUCCACCAGCCAUCCUACUGCAACGCCCCUCUCCCCAGCGCCGGGCCUUACAGCGUCAAGUUCCUUCUGAUGGACCCCCGAGGCUCUCCCAAAGCUGAGACGAGGUGGUCAGAUCCCAUCAUUCUCCACCAAGGGAGGGCUCCGGGCUCCAUUGACACGUGGCCAGGACGGCGAAGUGGGGCCAUGAUUGUCAUCACCACCAUCCUGUCUUCUCUGGCUGGCCUCCUACUCCUGGCCUUCCUGGCUGCCUCCACCAUGCGCUUCUCCAGUCUCUGGUUGCCCGAGGAGGCCCCUUCGCCCGAGCAGCUGCGGAUUGGCUCCUUCAGAGGGAAGCGCUACACGACCCACCACAUCCCGCCCAGCGAGGCCACCACGCUGCCUGUGGGUUUUGAGCCGGGCCUGGACCCCCUCCCCAGCCUCAGCCCCUAG